AGGACCGUUCAAAUUUAAAGUACUUCCAUUUGAACUAAUUAUUUCACCUAAAUUAUUUCAGAGUAUUUCAAUAUUAAUAAAAGUACUAGGAGAAUUAUUGGAGAAAGAAUUCUGUUAUGUUUUGUCACGGGGCAACUUGGCUUUAGCGCGACAGCCGCGAAGAUGCUGUCGCGUCAACGAGGGGGAUUACUCACUCCUUUUUAUCUCCGCACGGCUAUCCUUCGAGUUUGCUGGUUGUACUCGUCUUCAGCACUAGUCUCUACUCAUUCAUCAUGACCGGACGUGGAAAGGGAGGACAAGGUUUGGGAAAAGGAGGAGCCAAGCGCCAUCGCAAAGUUUUGCGUGACAACAUCCAGGGCAUCACCAAGCCCGCCAUCCGCUGUCUGGCUAGACGUGAUGGUGUCAAGCGUAUCUCCGGUCUGAUCUACGAGGAAACUCGUGGAGUCGUCAAGGUCUUCCUUGAGAAUGUCAUCCGUGACGCUGUAACCUACACCAAGCACGCCAAGAGGAAGACCGUCACUGCCAUGGACGUUGUCUAUGCUCUCAAGAGACGAGGCAGCACUCUCUACAGAUUUGGCGGUUAAAUUACCUGACUCCCUGUAUGCAA